AUGCUGCCUACACCUCAGAAUCCUACGGUUGGCAGCCAGGUCUACGGCAACCCCAAAUCCCAGGUCUACGGCAACCCCAAAUCCCAGGUCUAUGGCAACUCCCAGAUUCCAGUUGGCAGCAAAGUCUACGGCAACCCCAAAUCCCAGGUCUACGGCAACCCCAAAUCCCAGGUCUACGGCAACCCCAAAUCCCAGGUCUACGGCAACCCCAAAUCCCAGGUCUACGGCAACCCCAAAUCCCAGGUCUACGGCAACCCCAAAACCCAGGUCUACGGCAACCCCAAAUCCCAGGUCUACGGCAACCCCAAAUCCCAGGUCUACGGCAACCCCAAAUCCCAGGUCUACAGCAACCCCAAAUCCCAGGUCUAUGGCAACUCCCAGUUGCCAUAG